CGCCUAUCGAAUGUCAAAGUAAUGUAAUAUUAUUAUAAUACCUUUUACUAUAUUAUAUUUGAUUUUCGUCCGGUGGUACUAUUUUUUUUUGUUUUUCAACCUACGUGCCAUAUUUGUAUUUUAUAGUAGGCACUAACAAACGACAGACAGUCUACGAUAAUUUUUAAUUUUCAACUAACAGUGUAGUACAUAUUUUACUACAUACCUACAUACUAUUUUAUUCUGUCGUCGGCCAUGUAAAUAUAAUAGUUUUACUUUCUUUUUUUUUAUGGGUAAUUCAAAAUUACUUAAUUCAUUUUCAUUCUUUUACAUUUCAGCCGUAUUCGAGAUUUUUAAAAAUGGGUAUUACCAAGAGACCAACCUCCUCCAACUCCGAGAAAUUACCCCAGGUCGAAUUUGUGGAACUGUAAGUUUUUAAUUUAAAUUAAUUAAUAGAGUUAAUCAAAUUGUUAAUUUGGUUACUGAGUUUGAUGCUUAAAUUACAUUUCAUAUUGUAUAUAGUACACAUAUUUAUUUAUUUUACAUCAUAUUGAUAUUAAAUAUUCAUAAAUAUUUUUCUUAUAUUAUAACUAAUUUAUUUCUGAUGAACAACUAAAACAUUUAUAUUUUAUUAUCUAAAUAAAAGUUGCUGCUAACAUGAUAUUAUGUUUUACAUUUACAGAUUGGAUAUCGUUCACAAUGAUGAAUACAGUAGUGACAGUGAUCAUUACAUCAAUGACAGGGAUGAUUACAACGAUGAACCUUUAGUCAGUAAUCUUCAAUUCGAUAGUGGUCAUCAAAACGACUAUCACGUUCUUUCUGUCUUUGACGAGGACGAAUUACGAGAAAUUACUGAAUACUUAGGUAGUUUUCCAAGAUGGGACACUCCAAUUAAAUCGGCCACUAAGAAAAAAUCGGUUAAUGUUGGAAUGGGACGUAGAAAAACGAACCGUGCACAAAAUGGUACACCAAUAAACUUAUAAUUUAUAAGUUACUUAUAUUAUUUAUAUCUAUUUAUUUGAUAGAAUAUAUCAGACAUAGGUAAUUAAAAAUAUUUUUGACAACUAAACUUAUCUAUCUUAACAUUCUAAUCUCCAACAUUUUAACCCAUUUAUUGAUUGUAAUAAUCAGGGCUUGAGACUUAGAACACUAAAAUGUAUAAAAUAUACACUAUAAUAAACAUUUAAAAAUUUUAAAAUAUGCGCGUAGUUUUAAAAUUUACAUAAUAUGCUACUGGAAAACUAUUGAAUUCUUCAAUGUCUGUAGUAUCUUAUAUCAUAUGAAAAAUUUGUUCUAAAACAUUUUUUAGUUUAAACUAUAUUAUUGAUCCAAUUUUACUUUGUAGUAUUUUAAAUGAUUUUUCUGUGUCAUCAAUUAUUUUGAUUGAGUCAGAUAAUAACACGUCCUGGACUUAUAAUGAUUUUUAAAAAUAAUAAGAGAAAAAAUAAAAAAGUGCUGUAGUAGAUUUUAUCAUAUCCUACUUAUCAUUAAAACUGCUUUAGUUUAAAAUAGUAAUACAAGAAAAAAUAUUCAUUGUUGUGAGUGUCUUUUCAAACUUAGGUUUAGGUUUACUUAUGACCGAAGUCAGAAAUAUUGUACUUAGUAAUUUUUUAUAAGUAUAUUUAUUAUUGAAAAAUAAUCAAACACUUUUAUUUAAUUUUAUAAGUUGAUGUGGGGUGAAGGUGCCUGCAGUUCAUAUAUCAAGAAUGAAAAGGCGUUUUCUGCAACCGGUAUAUAUGGACCUCAGCCAGAUAUGCUAACUGAGUCCUUUCUGACAAUAACAUGUUGUGCCAUUGGUCACAAAAGGAUUUAUAUCUGUAUGUACACAUGCGGUCUACGAUUAUGCUGAUGCAUUUAAUAUACAUUAUAUUUUAUAUCUGGUAUGCAUAUGGCCCUCAUGAGGUCUAUUUGUUUAAAAGUACAAGUUCCCAGGACCGCCCUACUAGAAAUGUAUCCAUAUUUCCUACUAAUAGAAUAAUAUUUUAUUUUUCAGUUUUUCUGAAUUUAUUAAAAAUCUGGUUGAUCUAUUUCUAAAAUGCUCAAAAUUUUCAUUCGCCCCUCUAUGUCUGUUGUAGUCUUGUCAGUGUUAACCCAAAUCAUUUUGUUAGAUAUUUUCAAUUUUAUUUUAACUAGUUUCAAUAUAUAAAUCACCAAUAUAUAUUUAUCUUAAUGUAAGUUAUAUUUUAAUUUCUUUUCUAGUAUACAUUUUCAAAAAAUUACAAACAUCAUUAUUUAAAAUGGUAUUUUAUGGUAUAUCGGGAAAUAUUUGAGUAUAACACAAAUCUUUAUUAACAGAAAACUUUAACUAGAAUUUAUAAGAAGCUUAUGUUGUGUUCUUACAGGUUUUUCUUGUUGAAAUUUAGUUACUUUUGUAUGCUUUUUAUUAUAUUUAUUAUAUUAUAUGUUUUAUUAUAUUUAAUCUUUUUUCACAAUUAUCAGAUUUCAAAUUAUUUAUUUAAAAGCAUUGAUGAAUCAUAUGAAAAUGCAUUCUCGUCAAAUAUAUGCAUAUAGCUUCUUUUUACAUGUCAAAUUUAAUGAGACUUUUGUUUAGGUUUGGUAAAAAAAUUAUAUAAAAUCAAAGAAACAAUUAAUAAAUUGACAGCACUAAUGAUGUAGUAUUUUUCCCUUCAAAAAUUAAAAAAUAAGAGAUUCUAUAAACACAAUUUGGUAUAUUAUAUUUGAAUUAAAACAUAGAACUGAUUUAUAUUUAUCCUUAAACAACUAAUAGACUUAGCUGUGAGGGGCAAUGUGGCACAUAAUACAGUGGCUAUCAGGAAGGUAGUGUAUACUGCAUAAAUAAAUGUUAAAAGUCUUGAGUCCUGGUAAUAAUGAUAUAGAUAAUUCAGAUAAAUACAAGCUGUAGUUUCAUAUACUAGAAUGACAGAAAAACACUAUUUUAAUGCAACAAUUAUUAUAAUUAUAUUGUUUCUUAUUUUUCAAAUUAAUUAGCUAAUUAUUCGUCUACCACAUAAAUGUAGAAAACAAUUAUUUAUUUUCACUUUGAAUAAUACCAUUUUUAAUUGAAAUUGUUACUUAUUACAGUAUAUUAUAUUGUUGUUAGUCUAUAUUUAAAUGAAAAUUUACUACUAUGUUGGUAAAAAUAGGUUUUGCAUAGAGUAUAUGAUAAAAUGUUCAUAGGUAUUUAAUGUAUUCUUUUAGAAUGACAGCUUUCAAAAUAUUGAAUAUUUUAUGAAUUAUCUUUUUAAUAAAUUUGUAUUAACCACAAUCAAAGUACAGUAUUAUAAAAUAUAUUAUAAUUACCUAUUUAUUUUUAGAAAAAUUUCUUUUGUCACUGGGUGAUACAGAACAAUAUAAUCCAAAAGAUGAAAUAUUUUUCAAUGAAAACAAAUAUGGCUUUACCAAAGUAAUGAACAUAUUGUGUACCCAGCCUGAAGUAUGUAUUACUUUUACCUGCUUUUAACAUGGCUAAUUAAAUAAAUCUUUUGAUUUUUUUUUUAUUAACCUAAUAUAAUAUAUCAACUAUAAUUUAAACAGGUUAUGUCCUUAUUUGAAUUAUAUUUAAUACAAUGACUCAUUAAAAAUAUUUUUACUUUUAGUUUUACAUUUUUUUGAAUUGGAAUUGAAAGACAACUCAACUAUUUAAUCAAAACCAGUAAAACCCAAGCUUUAUCUGAAUGAAUGUCAACCAAUCAUAAAGUUAUGAAAAAUUAUACAAAAAUAUCAAUAAUUUCUCAAAAAUUUAAAAUCAAUAGUAUAUAGUCAGUUUAUAUCUAAAACAAAAUUUGAAGGCUAUUUUUUGGAUUUACAAAUUAGAUGUAAAAUUAAUAAACACAAUACAUUUAAGCCAAACCUUCCUAGGUUCUUCUGUAUGUCAACAAUCACAUGUUUUAAAUGUUCAUAUUCAAAUAAUAAUGACAAUGAUUUAAAAAAGAAGUAACCGUUUAAUUUUUACAUUAAUUGUGUAUUAUGCAGGUAAAGGAAUCAUUUAUUGAAGGAAAUGAGGACCUCCUGUUGAAGAAGAAGAAUAAAAAUAAAAAUUUUGCUACAGGAUCAAAACGCAACAAAUUAAACCGAAAUAGAAGUCCUGAAAUAGCAUUCAAAAAUCUAACCUCCUCACAAAAAUCACUCUUUAAACAAAAAAGUUUACCUUUUGUAAGUUGUUAUUGUGUUUUUUUUUUUUUACAAUUUAUUUUGAUUAAUAUGUUUUAACCUUUCUAGAUCAUUCUGGAUAUGUAUACACAGAAAUUUAUUCUAAUAGAAAAUAUAUAAUUUUGAAUCACCUAAUUUAAAAAAUGUAUACAUCUUUAUAAUAUUUAAAUUAUAAAUAAUAAAAACUACUCAGUUUUACAGUUUUAUUUAAUAUAUUAAUAAUAUACAUGAAUUUUAUUAUUUUAGACCAUCAUAAAUGAGUUAGAAUCUAAAAUUGUUGAGUAUUUUUCAUUAACUCCAAAUGGAAUUUACACAUCAGCGCCAUUAUCAAAUUACCAUCGUAUAUUGUUACAUGGUAUUGUACGCUACUAUUCAUUGGACGCUAAAAGUAAAAAUCUAAUAUCUACCUAUGUAAUUAUUUUAUGCAUUAAAAUGAAAAUAUUUGUUAUAUUUUACAUACAUUUUUAUUAUUUUAUUUUUAGCAAAUAUGUUAAUAAAUAAGUGUAUAAAUAAUAAAUAUAUUUUUUGAAUUAUACUUAUUAAUUUCAUUUUAAGAUUAAAAAUAAUAAUAAUAAUUAAAUUUUUUAGGUAUGAACAGUCGAGGUCGAGGUCAUCGUUCUCAGAAAAUUGUACAAGUCCGCAAUAAUCUUUAUGAAGAUUUCCAACCACCACAUGUAAGCUUAUUAAAAUUUGUUACUCGUCCCAUUUCUGCUUCCAUUAAUUAAACAAAUCAUAGCCUUUGAUUUUGUAAAAUACAAAUUUCUUGAUUACAAUUUUUUUAUUAAUUAUAUUGUCCUAUUUUCAAUUAUUUUAGGUUGAAUUUCUUAAAUUAUAUAAUAACAAUACUUAUCUAAUAAUGCUUUUGUUUUUAAUGUUAAAUGUUUUUAUAGUAUAACUAUUAUUUAAGUUAAAUAUUAAUACUUUAUUUAUUAAACAAAUUUAAUCUUACCUAGUAUAUGAAAUAGUAUUUAUGACUUUUAAUGUACAUUAUACAUGUAUAAUAUGUUCAACUUUAAAAAAAACUAAUAUCUAGUUUUAUAUAGUUUUGUUUAAAAUAUAUUAAGCAUCUUAUAAAAUGUACUAUAUUUUAUAUAUUUAAGUAUAUUUAAAUUGUAUUCAAGCU